AUGACUAGUUGGGAAUUGGAAGCGAGGGUUUUGCUGAUCUUAGCUCCUCGCCGUCGCCGAUUUGUUUCGAUUCUCAACAGAGACGCACCAAAUUCUAUCGAUUCUCACUACAAAUCACCAAAAUUUCUGUUACGUUGUUCGUUUACAGAGAUGGAAGCCGGAGACGAUGGAGUCGAGAGGCUGGUUGAUUCGAAGGAUAUGCAGCAACAAAGCAAAGCCUUUGAUAAGCUCACUGAUCGCGUUGAAGACCGUCAACUCGAUUCCACUCGUGUUCAAGAGGCAAUGGCAUCUAUUGCUGCAUCGGCCGAAGCCGAUUGGAAUGCUAUGAUGUUGAGAGAGAAAGAGCUUGCUGCUGUCAAGAUAAACGCAGCUGACGUCGACAUAAUUGCAAAUGAACUCGAGUUGGACAAGAAGGUCGCCGAGAGAACGUUGCGAGAGCACAAAGGCGACGCCGUUGCUGCUAUACGGUAUUUACUACGUUAAGCAGGACUUUGAAGAGACCUGUGUAUUCCCUACUUGAAGUUUUACUGGGGAGGAUUUUUCAAAGUGCACAAGUGGAGGUUCAUAAACAUACCUUUUGUAACUCCAGAUUGUAUUGAAAUGUACUUUUUUUCUGGAAGUUUCUUAUUGUUUCUUUCUUCUUUAACCCCCUCAUUUUUGUUCCUUUGUAAACUCUGAACAUUAUUUCUUAUCCUGGCCGUACACAAAUCUUUCUGUUGAAGGGGGGUUCGAUCAAAAGUGGCCAUAUGUCUAUAAGCCAUUUGAUGAUGGCCUAAAUAACCUUGUUAGGUAGGUGUUGGAAAACGUCUCAAUGUGUUCACGGGGUUUUGGCACGUACCCCAUAAAUGGUUCCUUCCUAGGUGGAAAAGAACCAACUAACUUUCUCUCGAUUUGAUGUCUAUCUGAUUCCUAAACUUAUGAAAAAUAACCUAAAAUUUUCA